AUGUCAAAGAUUCUAGUUAUCACCGUCUUCGUGGCUUUACUCUCACUGCUAGCUUUUCCGGUUAGCAGUCAGCAACCGCCACUUAGCCAGUGUACACCGUCGAUGAUGACCACUGUUGGUCCUUGUAUGAGUUUCUUAACCAACAGCACAAGCAAUGGAACUUCGCCGUCGUCUGAUUGUUGUAACUCGCUGAGGUCUUUGACCACUGGAGGAAUGGGAUGUUUAUGUCUUAUUGUCACCGGAAGUGUUCCUUUUAAUAUUCCGGUUAACCGCACAACCGCUGUCUCUCUUCCCCGUGCUUCCAAUAUUGCUCCAGCUGCUGCUCCUGGACCUGCUGGUACAUUUGGACCGGGGAUGUCUCCAGGUCCAGCAACAACUCCAGUUGUUCCAGGACCGACUCCAGCAGCUCAGACACCACAGUCUGAUGCAACUCAGCCUUUUACACCAGCAGUGGACGGUGCAGGUCCGUCGGCUGACAACGGUGGAAGCACCAGUCGACCUUCUCUCACUCCUUCAUCCGCCUAUGCUCUCUCCCCAUCUCUUCUCUUCUUCGGCAUCAGCCUCGUUGCUCUCCAAUUCUACUGA